CUGUGUUUUUCUCAUGCGGACUCCGAAUAUGGCGUCUGCUAAACUUUUCGGACAGACAAAUUUGUUAAAUAAUUUUAAAAUUUGUAGGCAGUGCAAGCUUAGAUCACAGAGACACUUUUCUUUUUCCGUCAGGCAUUUUUCACAGUACUGGCGGAAGGUGUACUCGGAGAGGAAAAAACACAUUACAGAAAUGCCAUUAGAGACUGGUGAGAAGGCGAACAAGUUUGGAGUGUUUGCAAACAAUGAAAUCUGCCUGUCAGAUAUCAAAGUGUAUGGGUUUGAUUAUGAUUACACAUUAGCUUCAUAUACAGAUGAUCUUCAUUAUGUGUUGUAUGAUCUAGGAAAAGAAGCACUCAUUAAAAGUUAUAAGUAUCCAGAGGGCAUUAGAGAUCAGCAUUUCAACCCAGACUAUAUACUCAGAGGUCUACAUUAUGAUAUUAGAAAGGGUUUGCUGAUGAAAAUAGAUUCUUAUCAUAAUAUUCAGCUUGGGACAGUUUACAGGGGUACAACCAAGUUAUCAGAUAUGGAGGUGCUUGACUUGUACAAAGGGACACAUGUACCAAUCAGUGAUAUGAACACAUUUUACGGGACUGGUCCGCUGUAUCAGCUAGUGGACAUGUUUGCUCCUCCAGAAAUGAAUCUCAUCACCAAUGUUACAGAUUAUUUUAUUGAAAAGAAUAUUCCGUAUGAUCCAGAGUAUGUGUUCUAUGAUAUAAGAACUGCAGUACAGAGUGUUCACACAUCUGGUGUUUUACACAGAACUAUCAUGGAUGAUCUAAAGAGAUUUCUUCAGCAUGGUCCUGAGAUCAAAACAUUUCUAGACCGGUUAACCAAUGCUGGAAAGCGUAUGUUUAUCAUCACAAACAGUGGUUUUCCAUUUAUAGAUGCUGGUAUGAAGUAUAUGGUGGGUGAAAACUGGAUAGAUCUAUUUGAUGUUGUUGUUGUAAAUGCAAGAAAACCAAAGUUCUUCAAUGAGAAUACAAGACCAUUCCGUGUAUAUGAUCCAAAGAAUGAAAGGUCAUGGCAUAGAGUGAAACAGUUGGACAAAGGUCAAGUCUAUAUUCAGGGUAACUUCCAUGAUUUUCAGCAUAUGACAGGCUGGUAUGGUUCAAAAGUUCUGUACUUUGGAGAUCAUGUUUAUACAGAUUUAGCUGAUCCAUCAUUGAAGCACAGUUGGAGGACAGGGGCAAUUAUUCCUGAAUUAGAGUCUGAGAUUAAAGUAAUAACAUCACCAGACUAUAAAGCGUCGGUACGAUGGUUGAUUGCACUGCAGUACCUACUGGAGGAGAUGCAGGAGGCACAGAGCUGCAGACAGGAUGCUGGCAGUGAAGAAAGCCUUGAGAUGAUUCCAGAGUUGCUUGAGGAGAGGUCACAGUUGAGGUCUCACUUGAAAUCAUUGUGCAAUGAAAGAUUUGGUAGUAUGUUCCGGACACAUCACAACCCGACCUACUUUUCCCGACGAAUGGCAAGAUUUGCUGACAUCUAUACAUCGUCCUUGACCAACCUGCUGCAAUACUCUGUAGACAACACAUUUUAUCCUAGAAGAACAGCAUUACCCCACGAACCUUAUCCAUUCAAUGACCCUUCCCAUGCACAGUGCAUCAAACCAGUGUGAAAUAAUACAGAUAAAAAAACUGAUAAGAUUAAAUCUGAAUUGACUGAAGUGGUUUAAAUACACCAAUCUGUAUCAUGCAAAAAUAGUUGUGAAAAUUGUAAAUUUCUACCAGAUUUCAUCAUCUAUUAAAGAAGCAUUGUGACAUGAUUUGAACAGCCAUACCCAUACCCUGAGAGGUUGUAUGGAACUCAAAUUAGCAUAAUGUUGUAAAUGUAGUACACACACCAUAUACAUGGAUGCCAUACAGUCAAGUAAACAGGGGCUUGACAGUAAUCGCCACGUUCCCAGUCAUUAUAAAAUUUGAGAUUAAAAAGAGAUUCAUAAUCAAAAGCUCAGGUUUAAUAGAGUAACUUUUUGUGUUAAUUUUGCAUGCUGCAACAUGUAUGACAAUAAGUUCAUGUAUGAACAGUUUGGGUGUAUUUCUAAACAUAGUUGUGUCAAUCCCCACUAUGAAGCUGGUGUUAGAUUUAUCUAUGCAACAACAGUGACUGAGUGUCCAACAGUGUUCAGAAGUUGUACAAAUUUGCAAAUCACCAGUUUCUGUGUUUUAAAAAUGAUGACAUGUUUUUUUUGCAGAUUUUUUAAUUCCAUUGUUUUUCUUUAUAAGAUUUAUGGUAUUGUUUUAUGAACUGUUUAAUAUACAUUUUAGUUUUAGUAAUUUUUUUUAAUGAAAUAGCAUUUUAUAUGACAGCUGAUUUUAUCCAAUGUUAGUUAUGCAUGCCAAUUAUAUGCAAGUUUUUACAUCUCUGUUGUUUUUCUGAUAGCAUUAGAAAAUCUAGUCUCAGUAAAACUGAUAUCAGUUAACCUUAGUUACAUUUCUAUCAAAGGAGGUCAGGUACGUGUAAGCAUAAUUUUUAUGUAGAAGAUUUUAUGAGUUUUGGUCAUUGUGAGGUUACCAUUUCCAGUGUUGUUGAAUGUUUUUUCCAAACUCAUAUUCCACACUAGACUGUUGAAUGAAUUGUUGAGCCCAGUUGUGAUGAGCUUGACGCUAUUCAUCAGAAUUGCUGUUUGGUGUAUGUAAGUCAUAUAUCUGAUUUUGUCUGGGCUAUAACUUUGACCUGCAUGGAGCAAUCUUUUUCAUACUUUGCAUAAAUGUUGCAAUCAAUGAGACAGAUUCUCCUGUACAAACACCAAUUCCAUAUCUCAAAGGUCACGGUCACAGUUAGGGAUCAGAGUUCAUGUCAGAUUUUGUUCAGGCCAUAACUUAUAUGCAUGCAGCAGUCUUUCUGGGUUUUUUUAUUUGGCAAAAAUGUUUCCCUGAAUUAGAUGGAGUGCCACAUGCAAACCACUAUCUUAAAUUCAAGUCCACAUUUGGGCGUCAAAGGUCAUUUUAGAGCUUGUCUGGGCUAUAACUUUUACAUGCAUGAAGCAGUUUUAUUUCUUUUAUGCGUAAAUGUUGGCUCAAUGAGACUGAGUUACAUGCAAAAACUCAAGGCCACUGCCUCAAAGUGGAAGGUCAUUUGAGAACUUGUCUGGACUAAAACUUUGACAUGCUUGGAGCAGUUAUAUAGUGUAAAAUAUUGCAUUUAGUGUUUAAGUCAGUUUGAAAUAUUUCAGUGUUAGAUUGACUCAAAGAAAACAGUACCGUACUUCGGUUUGUUUAUUUCAUAAAAGAAAUAUUUUAGUGUGUAAUGACCAAGAACAUAGUGUUGUUGUGGUGUGUAUUGUUUAGUGUCACUUCUAGGUAUUUGUGUAAAGUUUUCACGUCACAUACUUUUACUGGUAGGUCUAGGAUUUUAUCAAAUAUUUUAGUAAAUACAUAGGACAUUGCUUUAAAAUUAUAACCAAAGUUAGACUACCAAAAGCAGUUGCAGAAUUUUUUUGCUGCUGAAAAUUGUGUUUAUAUGCCUUUUGUGUCAGUUGUUUCAUUUGUUAGUAAUUCUUGGCUGAUGUGUAAAAUUUUUUAUAGGGACUUCCAGUUGGUGUAUGCAUUGAAAUCUCAAUAUAAUUACAACUUGAAUUAUGACAAACUCACUCAUGAAAGGUUUUAAACAUUUUUACUAGAUAUAAAUUACUUCAGAUUUAAUAUAGUUUAAACAUGAUAUUUAAUUAUUUUUUUCUGUGAUAGAUGUAACUUAAUGAAGUAGUGGUGAUAUGCUGAUUUAUUAUUAUGCUUAACGAUCAUUGUAAAAUGCUUCACAUCAUGAUUUUUGCCAAUUCUUUUGUAUCAUUAGCAAUUUCUGAUGUACUUGCAGUACCACAAAAUAAGAUAAAUUUAGUGUUUAGCAUUCAUUUGUACUGCUAUUCUUCCCUGUCAAUGCAUAUGUAUAAUGAUUUUUUAUUGAAAUAGAAUUGUGAAAAACGAACCAGUCACGGACAGAAUAUUCAACUGGAGUGGUUUUACUUUUCUGAAGUUAAACAUGUUUGCUGCUCUAGUUUUGGAUACCAGUUUUGCCUCUGGUUUUAAUCAUGACUAAUUGAUGAUCAGGCAAAGUAUUGUACUGAUUAAUCAACUUGGAAAUUUUGACUGAUCAAUUUCCCAUUACAUCUUUGCAAAAUCAUGUCCUCUUGGUAAAGUUUCGAGAUUUUAUCCCUUUUCAGAUAUGUACAUCAGUUCUUUCUAGUACAUGAAAGAUACGUAUAGCAGUAUUUGUAUUGAUACCUAGGGCCGAUAUUUUUACCACUGACUGGAAAGAAAUGCAUGAGGAAUAAAUCUCUUAAUUUUACUUUAACCUAUCAGAGCAGUGUUUAACUAUAAACCAGUCAAUAGCACAAACUAUUGACCAGUGAUUUAUAUGUAAGGUCAUGUAAUAUUGAAUGUUGUGUUCACUAUAAUAGUAUUGUUGUUAGGGCUUUAAAGUAGCAUUUUUGAAGUGCCAGUAGAUACCGAUAGAUGAUUAGGAUUUUAAAAUGUGUUUUGUUUAAAUUAAUACAUUGUUGUUUUUAAUUUGUUACAGUUUUAACAUUAAAAUUUAUGCAGUGUA